AUAACAAUCUGAUUGGGCUGUUGGGGUGUUUUAAUCAGUCAAGCCCACAUUUCCUCCUCACCGGGACAGGCCGGACAGCUUCUUCUCCCAGCACCACCGUCAUCUAGACGGCGAUGCCUGCUGAUCCGACGAUAAUCAGUUGCAACUGUCGGUAUGGCUUGGAGAAGCCUCGAGCUAUGGAGACGCAAUGAAAUUAUGUUGGGAACUGUGUUGAAUGCGUUUCGGUUCUACAGAACGAACCCUAAGGUGGUAGACUUGAGGAAGCUUAGGCCGAUGAUUCUUAAGAGGAUUGAGAACAGAGCGAAGGAUUAUCCGGUGAAAGGAAUGAUCCCUGUGGCGGAGGAGGUCCUCAAGUCCAGAGCUCUGCUCUACCGUGGAGUAUCCACCCUCCUCCAACAUAUCCCGGUGUGGGCGUGCAAGUACUGUCCAGAGGUGUAUGUAGGAGAAAGCGGACAUUUAAUUCGAACAUGUGGUGGAUAUAGGAGGGGGUCAAAGACCCAGCUUCAUGUUUGGAUCAAAGGAACUUUAGAGAACAUCCUACUCCCCGUACAAACAUAUCAUCUGCAGAACAUGUUUCAGAACAUCAUCAAACACCAUGAAAGAUUUGAUCACGACCGGAUUCCUGCCGUUGUGGAAUUGUGCUUACAAGCCGGUGCUAAUCUAGGUGACAAAAGCACAAUCACAAGAGAGAGGGAACUGGAAAGCGAUUUGAUAACUGAACCUUCAUUUGAUCAGGAAAUGAUGUCGAUAGGGAUAGAGACUUUAAAAGCUUGGGAAAGGGUCAGGUCCGGUGUAGUUAAGCUUCUGUUGGUUUAUCCCACGAAGGUGUGCAAACACUGUUCGGAAGUUCACGUGGGACCCUCCGGACAUAAGGCUCGGCUUUGUGGGGUAUUUAAGUAUGAAAGUUGGCGGCGAGGGCAUUUUUGGGAGAAGGCAGGUGUGGACGAUUUGGUUCCUCAGAAUGUAGUCUGGUUCAGACGGCCUCAAGAUCCUCCAUUGCUACUUGAUGAGGGUCGAAACUACUAUGGCCAUGCCCCUGCCGUUGUAGAUCUAUGCACCAAGGCAGGGGCCAUUGCCCCAUCCAAAUAUCAUUGCAUGAUGAAAAUUGAUGGGUUGUCAGCGCCAGUUUCGGUCACAACUCGAUGACAUCAUCAUAUGUAUAAGACUAUAAGAGUAUAAACAAGAGAGCACUAUUUUCCUGGAGUCCUGAAUAGAAGAAUGUCAUCUACCUUCACCAGGUUUGUUGUGGUUCUGUUAGGGUGUAUUUGGAUUUUGGACCAGGGAAAAUGGUAGAGAAAUGAAAACAAAUGUUAACGGAAGUUAUUUUCAUAUGUUUGAAUUAACGUGAACACACCUAUAUUCACUCUCCAUAUUACAUGUUGCACGUUAUGUAAAUAUCCAACAAGAACACGCAGUCCUACUCUAUAUAGUAAAGACAACAAGCGCUUAUUUAGCCAGACUGCCAGAGACCCAUGUACUAUGACUAACAAAGCUAAUGAAGAAACAUGAUGGUUUCUAUAAUUAAGAAGCUGUGUUUAGCGGGACUGUACAUAAAUAUAAGAUUCAGUUAUUGAAUACAAAUUGCUGCUAAGUGAUAACCAACGAUGUUCACAAUGUUUUAGAGAUUAUCUUUUUGGUUUAUGAGUUAAUGUAGCCGCCAACAUCAGUGCUCAAGGAUUUAAGGUGUUCUUGUUGAUCAACAAGGUAAUGAACUGGGGAAAAGCUGGCAAUAAAAGGGAAAACCAGGAUACUUGCAUUUGGAAAUCUCCAAGUCAUGUGCAAGAAAACAACGAAGCUAAUGAAAACACAGCAACGACAACACAAUGUCUGCAUCAACCGCAUAACUAAAUUACUUAAACCAACUAAAGGUAGUCCAAAAGUUACUGUUGCAUGUCCAACCUUAAAGAAAGUUUGAAACAGGGAGAAAACAAGGGCCAUGACAUGAGGUUAUCCAAACCCAUCUGCCUGAUCUACCAGCGACGUGAAGUGCUCGCAUUGCCAUAGCCACCGCUUUCCAAGCCGAGAAAAUCCAGAGUGGACGGGCAGUUGCCACCAAAGAUCAUUGCAGGAGAUGACUGGUCCAUCUGGGGAUACUCCUGGAAACCACUUGGUGGAACAAUAAUCGCUUCAUUCUCAGCGUUUAGUGAACGACCAGCCAAUCCACGAAUAUAUGAACCACCACUACCAUCACCACCGGAAGAGGAAGAGUAAGUUAUGGUUGAGCCUACUUGUGCGGCUCGCUGAAGAACUGCAGUUGCGGAUAGGUCAGGCGACAACAGCGGAGGACUUGCGGCAGCCAUGUACUGGAAUGGCGAUGAUGCAUGGCCAAAGAGGCGAGAAGGAUAAACAUAAGAUGAGCUCGGCUGGCUUCGCAUGACACCAACAGGUGAAGUCACAGUUUGUGUUUGUCCUGAAAAUUGUACGCCACCGAUAAUGGCCGUGGUGGCUGCGGGCCAAUGUUAGUGGCUUUACUAGACUUAAACAUAUCAUAUCAAACUAAACAUAAAGAGAUUAAACAUUUUUAGAAAACAAUACUACCUCCGUAACAUUGGGAUGUUCCCAUUUGAAAAGUAGGCAGAUUAAGAAUAGUGAAAUGAGAUAUGUAUUAUUAGGGGUAUGAUGGGAAGAUAGUGAAAUAAUGUGAUGGAAUGAAGGAUAAAUCCAAAAAAAGUAGGUGUAAUAGUGUAUUAUUUUUAAAAUUAUUGAGGGUAUGAUGGGAAGAUUUAGAAAUGAGAAGAUAUUAGUGUUACGUCCAAAAAAGGAAAGUGGGAAGAUAUUUACGUUACGGAGGUAGUAAAUAUUAAGACUAUUACUAUAUCUACCAGAAUCUGACAACUAUAAUAAUACUAGAAUUCAAUUAUAUUCAUAAUAUCACAUUGUGUAGCGAAUACUGAACAUACAUUCAAUCAUGUUUUGCAUAAUGUAAGUUUUUUUCCGUUACAAACUUUAAUCGUUCAAGCACAUUUAAAUU